AUGGGAAGCUUUUCGCGCUCCUGCUACAGCAGGGAGCACGGCUGCCCCCAGGACACUGGCACGGACGACCACGGGCAGUGCAACGAGGAGAAAGCCGAUGCCUGCGUCCCUCCGGAACUGGAAAACCUCAGCCCGGAUGCGGGAGCAGACUUUUGGACAGAGGAUCUUUGCUGGAAGGCUGCAGGUCUGCUGGAGUGCUUCAAGCUCGAGCACUGCUGCCACCGGAUGCAAGGCUUUGAAGUUGCCCUCGAGCUCUGCAAGAUGCUCGUGCCCGACAUCGAGAACCCUUGCGAGAAGGUGUGCGAUUGCGAGCAGGACAUGCUUGGAAAUGCCAUCUGCGAUGACCACUGUAACACGGAAGCGUGCGGAUGGGACGGCGGUGAUUGCGAAGGCGAGCCCGUUUUCUGCGAGGAGCGGUACUGCUACGAGAACUUCUACACUUCCACAGGCGAGCUUGACGAAGAGCGCACUUGGAAGGCUCCGCCCACCUGCAGCACGGACGCAGAAGGAUGUCCGUGCAACUCGGAGUGGGAGGUGGAAUGCGAAAGUUUCGGAAUCAAGUUCUGCGAGCGCUCUGACCAUGGCUGCGUUCAGGAAGUCGCGUGUGACGAGGACGAGCACACUUGCAAGGAUCAGUUUUCGAGCUGGUGCAUGCCAAAAUCUGCCGGCGAGUGCCCCGUGAUCUGCAACAGCACUGAGAUCUAUUGCUUCCGGUGGCAGUACACAGAGGACGGAGAGCGGGACUACUCGCAGGAACACGAGCAGUUCUGCGCCCCUCAGAGCAGCGGUUGCCCUUGCGAUCCGUCGCAUGAGCGGAAGUGCCACGACCCUGAGUUUGGAAACAGCUGGUGCCAGCCAGUUGACGAGAACUGCCCGCUGUUCUGCCUGGACAACGAGCAGGACUGCUACCAGGUCCAGUACGGAUCUGACGGCUACCCAAACUUCGAGCUGCCCUUCAACCAGUCUUGCCAGCCAGCAGACCAGCCCUGCCCAUGCGAUCCAACUCACGAGGAGCUCUGCCAGGACCUCGUGGGAAGCUGGUGCCAGAGCAAGGUCUACGGAGCCUGCCCUGUGCAUUGCACGGAAGAUCAGAUCACCUGCUGGGUGUCACCCUAUGAUGACACAGGCAUGUUGGACUACGAUGGGCAAUGGACGGAAGUCUGCGCCAACGAGACGGACGGCUGCCCCUGCAACGCGCGCUGGGAGCGAUCGUGCACCUUCGAAGGUGACAAGUUCUGCAUCCCGGUGUCUGAGCAAUGUCCUCUGGACUGUGGAGACUUGGGCAUCUGCUACCACUACGGCUCGGGCAAUCAGAGCUGCGCCACGCCGUCGGGCUGCAACUGCGAGACUGACGAGCUGAGAUGCCUGAACACGGAGACGAACCUCUAUGAGUGCGAGCCGAGCGAGUGGUACGCAGACGGGCAGUGUCCUUUGCGGUGCACAGCCGAUGAGCUCUACUGUGGCAUUGUUGCUUUCGAUGCCAACGGCGCCUGGCAGUGGACAAACGAGUAUUGCUACGAGGGGGAAGAUUGUCCAGUCGUCUGCGAUGAUGCAACAGCGCAAAGGUGCCAAGACGGUGAUGACAGCUUUCACUGCGUUCCCAAGACAGAAUCGUGCCCAGUCUACUGCACUGACGAGCAGAAAUACUGCUGGGUCGUAAACUUCGACGGCAAUGGAGGAAUGACGGGCUUUGUGGAGCAAUGUGCACCCAAGUCAGAGCCGUGUCCUUGCGGAGCCGGUGCGACGCAGUGCACAAACCCCUACGAAGACGACUACGAACCAUACUGUGAAGCCGCGUCGAUCGGCUGUCCCGUCUACUGCCACCCAAUCCGAGAGAAGAUGUGCUAUCCGCUUUCCUACACCCCACAAGGCCAACCAGAUUGGAACGCACCGGUUGUGGAGAGCUGUGCAAAUGUGUCGAAGUCGUGCCCCUGCGGCGCAAAUGCUCAGAUGUGCAGAUGGGUGGAUGAAUUCGGGCAGCAGGAGGAGUUCUGCGAGCCGAACACGAUUACUUGCCCUGUGACCUGUGCGUCAGAUGAGAAGAAGUGCUUCAUUUUGGACUACGACAAGCGCGGCAAUCCACUGGAAGUUCGAGAAGUCUGCGAGAAGCGAGCGAACCCAUGUCUGUGCGGCACGAACUCGCAGCGAUGCUAUGACCCCUUCGCAGACGAGCACUAUUGCUACCCACUCUGGGACAGCGAGAUGAACAGCUUCUGGGAAGCCCGGGGCAUGCUGUGCAGGGUGGCUGUUGGCUUGGCAUGUGGGACAGCAACUCUGUGGCUUGUGGUGCUCCUCUGUGGAUCCAUGUUGGUCGAAUGGUUGCACGACAGCAGCCGCCUGAUGGUGAAUCCCGGCACCCAGGGCCUCAAGGUGUUUGAAGAGCGACCUCUGCCGCUGUUCUCGCCAACCACAUCGGCUACAUACUCCACUUGGGCCGCAUCGACUCAGGGCCCCUCCUCAAACAUCUCAAACAGGGUUUCGCAAGCCGCAGCAGUUGCCACGGGAAGCGCAGCAACUCCUCAACCCAGCCAGGGUCAGGGCAAGAGCCGCCCUCCGUCCAAAGGCGCAGGAACCCUCUGGGAGAAGCUUCCCGUCGUCAAGGGCUAUUCAUUCAGGGGACAGAUCGCAUGCGGAGACUACGCGUGGCAUGGCUCAGUCUUAGGCGCUAGCGAGACCAGCUGGAAGACCGCUAUCGUGAUUCCAAUUCCUGCCAGCAGGGGAGUUAGCAGCAUCAUGUUUUGGCAGGUCAAGUUCAUGGUAGCAUGGAUGCUGCGACGGCCCAUCUUGCUGACCUCAGAUGGUCCACUUUUCAACCUCCUUCAUUCCAGACACCGGCCUGAAACGAUGCAAGUCUCAAGCAUCACAACGGAGGCCUUGCUCAAGAAACUGGGAGCGGCAGUAGAAGCAGGCAAGUUACACACCAAGUUCCGGGACAAAGAUGAUUGCAAUGCCCAUUUCUUGGAUGUUUACUCUGGUAGAUACUCGAGCAUCAAUAUCUUGAAUUCACCUUCAGAUUGGAAGCUCUCCCCGAAUGCAAGCCUCUUCGUUGGAGUUGGAAGCAAGAACCUUCGGAGUCUGGGGCAGAUCGUACCUCUGGAUUGCAGAGACCGGAUGAUGCGGCAGUUGAGUUCCAACAGAUGGAGUGAGUCCGAUCAGGCGAGGGCCAUGGUCCUCGUACGAAAGUUCAAGCUCUUCGGCAAGUGCGCAAUGCGAUUUGCUAUGGGCGAUCCGCAGCCGGACAUGCUCCGCUUCCUGCAUCCUGUUUUGAAAGAACUGGCAACUACGAAGGCCUUCCUGGUGGGCAUCCAUAUCAGGAUGGGUGACGCGAGAAUGAGCAAAGAGCUCGGAAGAGUUUCCGGCGCCGACGACGACGAGCGGUCGCAAGUUCCUCUCCAGCACUACCUGGUCCACGUGAACAGCUUGCUGCAGACGCUGUCCUGGGCCUUGAGACCACUGGACGCUCGGCCGGUGGUUUUCGUUGCAAGCGAUAGCGCGAAGGCGCUGGAGGUGACGAAGCGUAAGCUCGCCUUCAAGGUCUUGUCCAAUGCGGGUCUGUCAGUGCACUCCACCGACAAGAAAGCCAGCUCCCUCGAGAUCCAGAAGGACACGUCGGAUGCGAAUCACUCAAUUGCUAGGAUUGUCGGCCUCAGCCAGGUCUACGCAGACUGGUAUCUUCUGGCCUUGAGUGGGAUCCUUCUCAGCCCGAGCCCGGGGACCAACUGCAAUGAUGGCUGUGGCAGCGGCUUCUCCAAGACCGCAGGCAGCACGUUCUGCGUCAUCGUCGGCGGAGCUGUUGUGGCGGUCGCGGUGCUGGCGGCGGUGGUUGAGAUGAGCCGAGCUGUCAGAGAGCGUGCGACAAGUUUCCGGUACAGGACAUGUGGCGAUGGUGUUAACGGAGCUGGACAGGCUGUGCUCGUGACUCCAUCGAUUGCAGCAGGAAAAGAUGCGCUGACGUGUGCCAUGCGCUGCCCUGUCUUCUGCACGGCGGACCAAGACACAUGCUUCAUUGACAGCUUUACUGCAAGUGGCGACUGGGCCAGCGUGGAGAAACACUGUGUUCCACGGGGAGCCUACUGUGACUGCUCCAAGGGUCAGAAUGCCUUCUCGUGCAACCACACCGAAGCUGGCGUGACAUUCACCGAGUGCCUCCCCAUCAAUGGUGGCUAUUGCCCUCCUAAGUGCAGCGCUGGACAAGUUCAAUGCCCUGAAGUGGAUGACUACCGGCCCGAUGGCUCUUGGGCAGGCGUUUCGCAACCGGCGGUUCACUGCGCAGCCAGCCUGGAAGUCUGUCCCUGCGGGAAGAUGGCAAAGAACUGCGGAGGAUUCAUGGGCUGCAUCUUCAAGGACGAGCUCUGCCCCGUCACGUGCAAAGCGAACGAAAAGAAGUGCUUCGUGUACGAUUUCGCCGAGAACGAAGACUACCUCGGCGAGCGCGAAGUCUGCGUAGCGGAGGAUGCUAAAUGCCCAUGUGGCAAGAACACACGUCGAUGCCCCGGCGAAAAUCUGUGCUUGCCGACGUCUCAGACGCAGGUGCUGUGCCCUUGUCUCGAGUCCCAGAAGCAGUGCGACGUCAGAGACUUUACAACGGCAGGCAAAGUUGCUGGACUCUCCACAGUUUGUGUCAGCCGGAGCACCAAGUGCCCCUGUGGGAACAACACGCUGACGUGUCCAGAUCCGAACGACGCAGACUCGAACAUCUGCAACCCGAAGUUCAGCGGCACGCUGCUGAACCAGUGCCCGAAGCCCUGUACACCGGCUGACGAAGCUGCCGGCAACAAGACCUGCAUCCAGACUCACCUUACGGAUGCUGGCGAAUUCCAGGCCGAAACCAUUAGCUGCCUGCUCCCAGAGAGAUGCCUUCCAGGGCGGAAUAUGAAGAAGUGUCCAUCUGGAUCCGUGAUCCCCGCGGGAAAGCAGUGCCAGGACCUAUACAACGCUGGCAGCAGUAACGCUACGGCCAUCAACAGCGGCGAGCAGCAGUCGUCCACGGUGAUCUUGACGCUCGAGACGACAAGUUCGGAUGCCCAGGGCAAGUCCGAGGACGCCCGGGUCCUGCUGAACGCCCAGUUGCAGCUACCGAGUGGGCUCCAAUCCACGCUGGCCCUCAAGGGCGGCUCGCGCCGUCUUGGCCGCUGGCUCUCGGGGAGCGGCUCUGUGCUCUCGUACAGCAUCUCAAAUGCAGGAGCCACCACCGUGUCACCAGAGGCAGUGGCCGAGCAGAUGAAGAAGCAGGUGAAGAGCAGCAGCGCUGGCAUGGUCAGUGCACUCUCCUCGAUGGGCAACGUGGACACCAAGGCCGGCGUGGCUAUGACCUCCAAGACCCGCACCGUCAAGUCGCGGGUCGAGGCAGUCCAAGAGAAGACGAAGGCGGCUCUCGGUAUCACGACCCCGACCACUACGAGCACCACGACCACCACGACGACCACCACCACCACCACCACCACCACCACGACCACCACGAGUCAAGAGUCCAGCACGACGACGACAACCUCGACCACAUCGGCGUCUGAGGCGGAAGAUGGUGAUGCCAAUUCGACUUCGGAGCCCGCCAGCACCAGCACCAGCACUGCCGAUCAUUCAACCACGGAACUGCUUAUUUCUAGCCUUGCAGCUGACAGGUUGGUGCUCCGAUUCGCGCUCUCGGUGCUGGUGAUGGCACUCCUGCGGUAG